UUUUUUGCCAUUCUCCUUUUUUUGCUUUUUUCUCUUCCCUUUCUGUCAUAGUACAUAUUUUUCGACCCAUUGAAUUCCAUCUGUUUUGGCCGUAUUUUGAGCGCAAAGAAACAGUCUAGUAUACUUAUAUUCACACACACAGCACUUGCCAGAAGCACUCUUGGACAAAAUUUAAACACUGCUAAUAAUGUCAGACAACGAGUACGCAUACGAGGACUCUGUGCUUGAGGACGAGGAGACUGCUCUCGAGAUGGCCGCUCUCGAUUCGGACUCCAUGAUGGUUGAGCCCAAGAAGGAGUUUAUAAACCACAAAACCGCACUGUCUGCGCUGCUGGAGGAGAUUUCCCAGAAGGAGCUGCAAUGGAAUCACCGCUGCGACAUUACCAGCUUGACCCCCAUUGUCCUGGAAAAGGCCGACAAUGAUCUGGACCGUGAGCUUAAGUUCUACCAACAAGGCCUGGACGCAGUGCUUCGGGGCAAGCAGGAGCUGGUGAAGUUCGGAAUUCCAUUUGAGCGGCCCGUCGACUACUUCGCCGAGAUGGUGAAGUCUGAUUCUCACAUGGCAAGGAUCCGCCAGAAGCUGCUUGACCAGCAGCAGGGCAUCCAGAAUGCCGAGGAGGCCAAGAAGCAGCGCGAGCUGCGCAAGUACGGUAAAAAGAUCCAGCAGGAGAAGAUCAAGGAGCGCGAGGACCAGAAGAAGGCAUCGCUCGACAAGAUCACUACCAUCAAGAAGCGUCUCCGCAGCGGCGAUCUUGGCGAUGCCGACGACUUUGAGAUUGAUAUCGACUCUGACGAUGACCGCAAGUCCAAAACAGGCUAUGGAAACAAGACCAAGGCCAAGGGAGGCAAGCCGAUGCCCAACAAGAGGCGCCAGGUCAAGAACGAGAAGUUUGGCUUUGGCGGCAAGAAGCGCGGCAUGAAGAACAACACGGCCGAUAGCGCGGCUGAUAUGAGCGGCUUUAACGCUGGUCGCAACAAGAGCUCGAGCUUCUCAGGGUCAACUAAUAAAUUCAAGGUCCAGCGGCCAGGCAAGGCGAAGAGACAGCGCACCCGCUAAGCGUUCAUCCGACAAAUGCCAUUGUAUGCUGAGGUGGCGUGCAUAUGUCGCAGUUUUUUCUUUAGCGUUUCUCUUUUGCCAUUUGAUUGUUAGCAAAGUAUAUUGGUUUGUUCGCACAUUCAAAAUGGAUGUAGCGGAUGUAAAAAUUGAGUAGAAAUGUCUAAAAACAAGUAUAGAGGCUAAAGGCCUGCGCGCCGUCUGUCUUCAGCAGCCUGUGCCUGCGUUAGCAUAUAUUUCAGGGCAUCGUCGUCCAUUUCUCGGACCAUAUUGUAGAAAACGGAUGGCUGUUCAUUAUUUGAAAACGCUUCAAUAUCACUGAGUUCGGGGUGCAAGUGCUGCUCGAGCAGAGCGAUUGGCGUCCC